AUGAUUCCAAUCUUCUAUCCAUCAGUAGAGUAUCAUCUUGACCUAAUUAGAGACCGGUCUAAACCAGACAGUGGUCGUCCUACGGCUUUAUAUCAUAUCUUUAUUAGGAAUCGCUCUCGUAAGAAAACAGGAUGGACCCUGGAAAAACGAGCUGCAAACUCCUCGGAUAAGAGGGUUAGGAAACAGGCGCUUUUGCAUGAUCUGGAAAGUCAAGAUUCCUUCGAGAGGGCGUUGGGGUCAGGUGGUACUGCUUAUGUCGUUGCUCAUGUCCCCACGCCGCAUACACUGGGUCAUGCUAAAAUCAAAGGCACACAAACGAUAAAACACCUUGGGAAAGCUGCCGCAAGCGGGAUCGAAGCAACGAUGUAUCGUGAUGAAGAUAGAAGACGUGGAUUAUCCAUCCCUCAAACUCCCUUUGAUGAUGAGAGAAGUAAUAGGAAUCUAAGAGAAGGAGCGAUCGGACAACUUGGGGAGGCGGCAAAGAAGUUGACGCCGAUGUCGCAGUUGAAAAGUGAACUUAAACACGAUAUGUUUGAGGCUGUAGAGGACGUGGCGGAGAAGAACCACAUACGUUUUCCGCGGUCGAAGCAUGUGAAGGGUGGGAUGAAGACGGUUUAUACAACCCCGGAUAGUAUGCCUUUGUAUAACACUCCGGUUUUGGCACCUUGGUACACGGAUAAACCGAGCGGUGAGCUCGAGGUACCAGGUGAUGAAAUGUCAAUCGAUAUAUCUUAUAGAAAGUUAGCGAAGGGUGCGAAUGGCAAGUCUAGAAAGGGUUCGAAUGGACUGGCCAAAGGCCAAUCAAGAAAACCGAACAAAGGCAAGUCCCGCAAUUAA